AUGGGCCCCGCCGGGGGGGCGCGGGCCGCCCCCUCGCUGCUGCUCUCGCUGCUGCUCGGAGCCUCGGCCCCGCUCUGGCUGCGGGCAGAGACGCUGGGGGAUGGAUGUGGGCACACAGUGAUGUAUCAAGACAGUGGGACACUGGCAUCCAAGAACUAUCCUGGGACAUACCCAAACUACACUCUUUGUGAAAAGAAAAUCCAAGUGCCUCCAGGAAAACGCCUGAUCUUGAAAAUUGGAGACCUGGAUAUAGAAUCACAGAAAUGCGAGUCCAGCUACCUUACCAUCCAGAGCUCUUCAACAUUGCACGGACCGUACUGUGGUAAUGUGAUGCCUGUCCCCAAAGAAAUCAUUCUAGAUAGCAAUGAGGCAACUAUUCACUUUGAGAGUGGAUCCCACGUGUCGGGACGAGGCUUUCUGUUGUCCUAUGCCAGCAGUGAUCAUCCAGAUCUAAUCACCUGUUUGGAACGAGCAAACCACUACACAAAGGCUGAAUUCAGCAGAUACUGUCCUGCUGGCUGCAGAGACAUAGCAGGUGACAUUUCUGGGAAUAUUGGAGAAGGAUACAGAGAUACGUCUCUGCUGUGCAAAUCCGCGAUCCAUGCUGGCGUGGUGGCGGACGAGCUGGGCGGCCAGAUCAGCGUCACCCUGCACAAGGGCAUCAGCCGCUACGAGGGCGCCGUCGCCAAUGGUGUUCCCUCACUCGAUGGUUCUCUAUCAGAUAAGCGGUUUACAUUUACUUCAAAUGGCUGCAACAAAUCUCUCAGCCUGGAAGAGGGAUUCCUCUCCAAGAGCCAGGUUACUGCAUCUUCUUACUGGGAGGAGACCAAUGAGUUUGGGCAACUACUCCUGUGGUCCCCAGACAAGGCUUGGCUACAAGUCCCGGGAUGGUCUUGGGCCUCUAACCACAGCAGCAACCGUGAAUGGCUGGAGAUAGACCUGGGAGAGAAGAAGAGAAUAACAGGGAUUAAGACCACUGGUUCUGGAUCCAUGAAUUUUAACUUUUAUGUGAAGACAUUUACAAUGAACUAUAAAAAUAACAACUCAAAAUGGAGAACUUACAAAGGGAUUCUGAGCAAUGAAGAAAAGGUAUUCCAAGGCAACUCCAACUCCGGUGACGUAGUGCGCAACAACUUCAUCCCUCCAAUAGUGGCUCGCUAUGUGCGGAUUAUCCCUCAAACCUGGAACCAAAGAAUAGCACUGAAGCUGGAGCUGAUGGGCUGUAGAAUAAUGCCAGCUAACAGCUCGUUCACGCAUUCAAUGUGGCAGAAACCGAGUCAGAGCACAGAAACCUCCCUUGGAAAAGAAGACAGGACUGUUACAGAGCCCAUUCCCUCCGAAGAAACUAACUUGGGUUUAAAGCUUACAGCUAUAAUUGUCCCCAUCCUCAUCGUGCUGUUUCUUUUUUUGUUCUCUGGAAUUUGUAUCUGCGCAGCCCUACGCAAGCGAGAAGCCAAAGGACUUUCCUAUGGAUUAUCCAGUACUCAGAAAUCAGGUUGUUGGAAACAAAUCAAGCAGCCCUUUACCAGACAUCAGUCAACUGAAUUUACCAUCAGCUACAACAACGAGAAGGAGACACCACAAAAGCUGGAUCUGGUCACCAGUGACAUGGCAGAUUAUCAGCAGCCUCUCAUGAUUGGGACUGGGACGGUAACACGUAAAGGAUCUACUUUUCGCCCCAUGGACACCAAGGAGGAGGGAAGAAGGGGGAGUUGUGAGUUCGAAAAUCACUAUCACUGCCCUCACAGAGCUAACAGGCACGAAUAUGCUCUGCCCCUGACCAGCCAAGAGCCGGAGUACGCCACCCCCAUCAUAGAACGGCACAUAGCAAGAGAAAGUAAUUUCCCCUCUGAGAAUGGCUACAACGUUCCUGUCGCCUCCUCUCAGAUACAUUCCCUUCCUGCUGGCAGCUUCUCCAGUUCAUGUAAAACCGACACCAGGAACGGAGACUAUCAGACACCCCAGAGUGUCAUAAACUACGAUAAACCCAAAGUUAAUGGUGUUCUGACCUCGGUGAGCUACAGCACAGACUACCAGAAGCCCCAGCAAACUGCUCUUGGGGGUGAGGGUUACUCCACGCCCAGGGACUGCCUAAAGCCCAUAAGCCAGACAGCAAUGACAGCUCUCUUGUGAUUUGCCGAGCAGGAGCGGCACGGUGCGCAGGAACGUCACUGCACAGCUUUCUGAAGUGAAAACAGAGUUUGGAGGGACUCUGCUGUGGGAGGCAGAAGGCAAACAAGCCCUGUGUACAUAAUAUUGCUGUCUUGCUGGGUUCUGACAUCUGAAGAAAGCAUAUGCUGUUUAUCACUGUUUAUAGCAAGAGAGAUGUUAUCAGUGAAGACUGUACAUCUUAUUUUCUGUAACUGAUCUCAGUGCUCCAUUUGCAAUGUGUGCAAUUUGUACAUAGCUUUUAUUUAAGGAGAAUUUCUUAGGUUUCCUUUUCACCUGGGGGUUUGAAAGGAUUGCAGGAAUGCCUAUUUAAGAAAAACAGUCCUCUUUUUCUGUCUUUAUCUUACCUGCUGCUGUGCUGGCAGCUGUAAAUGGUGUAUCUUACA